CACAAUUGUUGAUAAAAUAUUUAACUGUGCAGUUAAUUAUUAAAUUUUUCUUAUUUAAUACAAUAGCUUUACACAUGAUGCUGUCCAUAUAUUUAUCUUUUUUUGUAAUAAUUUCUAUGUCUACAUUUAUAGUGUUAGCCAACACAAUAAAUUAUAGUAUACAAAAAGAACAAAAUUCAGGAGGAGCAAAAUUGUUAUUGAUCAAAUGCUUGCAAAACAUUAAGUUACAAGAAAAAAAAAAAGGAAAAUUGCCAACUGAAUUCAAUCAAUUAAUCAAUGACUGUGUAGAUGAUCUUAUCAACCAAAAUAAGUCUCCUUUACAAGUUGACAAUAUUAUAUCAGAUUUUUUAUGCAAUAAAUUUUCACAAUUUGAUAUAAUAUGUUCAAUAAAAGUAAUGCGCUGUUCUAGAGUAUUCCGGAUAAGUUUGUUGAAAUCAGUGAAAAUUAAAUCUGAUUAAAAAUAGCCUUGACAAAUUUUGUAUAAACAAAUUACUAGAAUAUUAUAAAAUAAAAAUAUCAGAGAUUUUUUCUAUUCAAAGAGAAAAAUAAAUACUAUAAAAAAUAAAAUCACAUUACUUUAAAUAUUAUUAUGUAAUCUUCACUAAGUUUUAAAUAAUUUUUAUUCUUUGUAAAAUAAUUGAUAAUAAUAAAUAUUUAAAAAAUAAACAAAUAACCAACA